GCCAUUGCCAUUGCCAUUGCCAUUAUUAUUAGGGUGCUGGGUAGUAUAGCUGUAAGGGUGGGGAGUGGAGGUAAGCUAGAGCUUGAUCUGGUGAAGCAGACCCCCUCACGCUGGCAGAAUUUAGGAAAACCUUUAGAAUUGGACUCUUGGUUUGGAAAUAUUCAGGAUAUGAAACUGACAUACCGGAAAUACACAGUGACCCGUGUUGAGAAUUGUACUCAUGAUACUAAACAUGUUGUACUAGAACCUGUUUACAGUACACACCUUGUUGUACCUCCAGGGAAGCAUAUUCAUAUUCGUGGAGAAAGAGAAGAACUAGAAUUAGUGAGAAGUUACACCCCUGUUAUACCUUUAAACUCGGGGACAGAUUCGGAGGAUUCGGAAUUACACUUUCUUAUCAAAAUAUAUAUGGAUGGUGCGUUCACUCCCCUCAUAGAUGACCUUAAAAUAGGUGAUGAGUUGGAGUUGAGUGAUUAUACUGGAGAUUUCAAUAUUAAUAAACUGAAGGAGUUCUCACAGAUAUAUCUUAUAGCAGCAGGAACAGGUAUUACGCCGAUUGCGAGAAUACUACCCCUGCUUAGUGGAGUAAAGACGACAUUGAUUUAUUUCAACAAAACUAUCAAGGAUGUAAUCUGGGGAAAGGAAUUGUCUCUAUUUUCUGAAUCUAAUUCCUGGUUUAAGAUCCACAAUGUGUUCUCUCAACAGUCUGAAGAAAGUCAAUUAAGCGGGAGAAUUUCAAAACAAGUUCUUGAGAAGUUUAUAUAUUCAGGGAGAGAAAACGCAUUUUCCUGUGUUUGUGGACCAAUCCCAUUCAAUCAAGAGGCGGAGAGGCUUUUAUCGCAAGAUUUUGGAUUCAGCUCUUCGAGUAUUCAUAUCUUUCAAGGAUAAACUCUUGUUGUUUCAAAAUAGUUCUUAGAAAAUGUAUGUUCAAAGAGAAAAAAGUUAUGAAACUAUCAGAUGCUGUGUA